AUGACUCAUUGGAGGACAUCAUCUGCUAUUUUAAGCCCCACGGUAUCAGAAUCACCUGUGAAAGGGAAGACUGGUCAGAAUGUCACUGUGCCCUGCUUUUACAGAGUUGAGAGUAAACAAGACAUCACAUCAAUGUGCUGGGGUCGUAACAGCUGCCCUGUUUCAAAAUGUGAUCGGACCAUUAUCUGGACAGAUGGAUGGCGGGUGACAAUGCAGUACAACAGCAGGUAUGUGUUGAAAGGGAACCUGUCGACGGGUGACGUGUCCCUCACGAUCGUGAACGCCGAGGAAGCAGACAGUGGGAUAUACUGCUGCCGUGUGGAGAUCGCAGGGUUGUUCAAUGAUCAGAGAACUAAUCACAAGGUGGUGAUAGAGAAAGCUAGGAUCUCUACCGCAAGUCCUUGCACUUACACCUCUGAACAGACCUCAGCUCAUGGGAACGCCAGUGAAUCAUCCUUUACCGUCACAAGAACGUGGCCAUCAGUUUCUCCUUCGGAAGCUCCUCAGACUGCCUCUGGUCCCUGCUCAAGCACCUCAGACUGCUUGGAUGUUACCUCAAGCCGGCAGAACACAUCUGUAUCGCUUCCCAGUCAGCAGUAUUCAGAAAAUGGGCUAUACAUUGGGAUUGGUUUAUGUGCGUCUCCGUCAGCUAAAAUGUCCCAUUUUGUGCUGUUUCACUGGAUUAUGAUACAGAUCUUUAUAGUGCACACCGCAUCCGAAGCUGUUGUUAGAGGAGUAAUAGGACAACCUGUUAAGUUGCCUUGCUUCUAUCAGGUGGCACGACUUAAGGACAUCUCUGAUAUGUGCUGGGGCAGAGGCCCGUGCCCUAAUUCAAAGUGCAACAACAAAAUUUUGCACACCACUGGGAAUAGGGUGACGUUCAGAACAUCUCAGAGAUAUAGUCUCCAGGGCUAUAUUUCCUAUGGAGAUGUGUCUCUCACGAUUGGGAAAGUGAAGGCAGAAGAUGCAGGUACAUACUGCUGCCGCAUAGAGAUCCCGGGUUGGUUCAAUGACAUCAAACAGAACAUGCGGCUGGAGGUGGUCAGAGCCCCUCCAGUGAUGGCAACCACCACGAGAAGGGCUCCCAUUCCCCCCAAAAGUUUUAGAAAAACAACUUUUGCUCCCCAAGCAACCUCUGAUCAUCAAACAACAGCAGAGACUGCUGUCCUCCUGACAACCACCAUCCCCCCAGCAACAAUUGCAACCACCGAUCAUCAAGCAACAACAGAGACUGCUCUCCUCCUGACAACCACCAUCCCCCCAGCAACAACUGCAAUGACCGAGUUUCCAGCAGUAAUUACACUGGAGACCAUUGCUCCCCCAACAUUUUCUGUGACAGCAAAUGAUAUUUUUCCAGCAGCUCUGGUGACAACCAGUGCUCCCCCAGAUUUUCCAACUGGUUUCCAAGCAGCUGACAUGAGGACUGAAGAUGACGACGUGUUCUGCUCUGCAGAGUCUGUGCCUCUUCCUGGAGUGACUAUCGAAUUCCCAAGUACACUUCUGACCGCAGAGGGAACUAAAAGUGCUCACACUUCUCUCAUGGUGGAAGACGUGCCAACUGCAGCAACAACCCUGCCAAUGCCAACCACGCUCCAGAACCCGAAGAGAACCCUUGCUCAUUCAGGGAUUUCAACAAGUUCAGACGGCAAUACUGAGAAACAUAGUGAUAACAGAGAUAAGUUUUCCAGCUAUGUCAUUCUCAUCGCCUGUCUCACAGGGGUGUCCAUUCUUUUUAUAUUGAUGCUCUCGUUGUGGUUUUGGAAAAGUAGACACAUGAAGAAGUUUAUAACAAAAAGUCUUGGACCAGCAGAAGACCUGGAAAAAGUUUUCAGUGGUGCUGAAGGAGAAAACAACAUUUUUUCCCUGUGA